AAUAUCGCCACUGUUUGAUAAAAACGCUCGGUGUGCGUGAUCGUACUGUCGCUGCCUGUGGCGAAUGUGAUGCGGUGAUCGCGUUUUCAUUUUAAUAUAACAUUUGAAACGGUACUUGCCGGUUUGAUUAGAUCGCUGUGGACUCCCGCGUGUGUGGGACUAUAAGGGGGAAGUCGAAUUUAAUUAAAAAAUAUUUACGAUACGAACAAACCGUCGCUAAAGUGUAAUAAAAGUGAUAUUUAGUGCAUGAUUUGCGAGCUGAAUGCUCGAAAAGAAAGUGAAAAUUCAAAAAUGUGUGAUUACGAAAAGUGAAAUAAAUGAAAAUUGAAAAAUUUGAUUUCGAAAAUUAAGAAAGAAAAUUUUAAAAUUGUUAUAGAAUAAUGGAAGGCAAUACAAAACAGCGACCCAAAAUGUGCGAAACUAAAUGUUUGUUUUGAAAUUGUGACAAAUCUCAAAAAUAUUACUUUGCUGCUGAAAUAGAAUUGUUUUAUGCGUGAAUUGGUUUAGUGAGUGAAAACACAUCAAAACACCAAAAGAAAGUGUUUGAAUCCAAAGUUUUUUGUGAUAAGGAUGUCACAUUCGAAAACAACGACAUUUUCUACAGUACUAAAUUGGAAUAUAACGAAUACGAUCUUAUAAGCGAGAGCGCACAACUUUAAACUGGAGAAAUAAGAUUUCUUUGGUACUUGAUGGUGGAAUAGUUUAUGGACUUGCAUGCGGUUGUUGUAGCGUUCCUGGCUUUUAUCACAAUCAACACCAAGAUGAUGAUGCCGUUCGGUUAUGUUGGCGCAGUGCAGGACGAACGCAAGUGCCAGUAUUUGAGACCGUCGCGCAUGCUCAAAAUCCGUUGCUUUGAAAUGAAUCUGAGAGAAGUACCGCAGUACCUGAAGUCAUCGGUUGAGAUUCUGGAUCUCGCAUACAAUCGCAUUAAAAAGCUCAAAUCCAAUUCAUUUGAACGUUACACAAGCAUUAAAAUAUUAGUGCUCUAUGAGAAUAAGAUACAAUCGGUGGAGCCGGGCACAUUUGCGCCACUAACAUCGCUGGAGGAGAUCGAUCUGUCGAAUAAUGCGCUUGUCUCAAUACCCUUGGAUAUUUUUCAAUUACCCUCGCUGCGAAAUCUCUACGUUGACGGUAAUGAGCUCUUUAAUCUGGAGCGCGAUCUGCAGGCUCUUCAAACACCAAUAGAAGCACCGCUGGAAUAUCUAAAUAUAGCCGAUUGUGGCUUAGAGUACUUGCCCGAUUUCGGUGUACUGCCAAAACUAUCGCACAUUAAUGCCUCAUUAAAUCCGCUGACCGAUCUCACCGUGGACUCACUAGCCAAUAUGUGUAACUUGAAAUCAAUAGAUCUGCAGAAAACAGAAAUUAGUAAUUGUGCCCGCCAACAAGUGAGCCGUUAUUUACGUUAUAUUGGUGCCAGUUUGAAAUUUGUGCCGAUAUCUGUAGAAGACCUUGAUGACAACAAAUGCCCGGAUCCAUACAAUCAAACUGUCAAUUCAACGACAUUUCAUAGCUGUAAAGCAGAGGCUGAACUUGUCAAAGCGCUCAAUUGGCGUUGGUGGGCGAUUGCAGUGGCAGUGGCAUUGGCUGUGCUCGUCAUUGCGUGGUGGUGCUGUUGCCGCAAUGCGAAGAAGAAGAAGAAGACGAAGAAAGCGAAGUCUAAAACCAAAGCGAAUGCGCUGCCAACCAAACAACAGCCGUUAGUGUCGCCCACGCUUGCGCUGAAGAGUCACAAUGAUCGCACGACGCUGCAGGACUGUGAUUGUGCGUAAUUGUAAAGUACAACAACAACAUGCCGCGUAAUUUUAGUUGUACAAAUUUAGUUACACUAUAAAUAGCAAACCAUUUACAACUACAGCAACAACCAUAACUACAAUUAAAAAUGUAACUACUUAAUGACAGCGUCGCUUUGGAAGAGUAGUGUCUGCUUUUUUUUUAAUCUUCGAAUAAUAAUUUAGUUAUAUACAUAUAAAUUCGCCAUACAGCAAAGUGUUGCCAAAAAGUACGAAAUACGAACUUAGAUAUCGAAUUACAACGAACUGAAGGCGAAAUCGUUUUGCCAAAACUAGAAAAGUGCCUACCUUGAAGAGUAUAGUUUUAUAAUUAAUUAUAUACAUAUAUAAAGUCACAUUACAUUUAGAGCACCGUGUCAACAUAAAAGUAUUAAAAGUUUAGCUUUAGCUUUGCUUAGUGUAAAAUUUCUCAAUGCAAUCAUAUAAACAAUUUCGUUUAGUGACCAUUUAAGAAUAUUUAAUAUAUAAAUUAAAAAUAUUUGUACAUACAUUAAUAAAUAAUUUUAGUUAUAUGUAAAUACAUAAGUUAAAACUGUACAAAUAUCAAAGAAACUUUUACUUCCUACAACUGGAACUAAAAUAAGCCAAUCGAAAAGGUGCCUUCUAAUGCUUUAGUGCAUUUACAUACAUACAUAAAUAUAGAAAAAUCAAAAAUAUGUAAAUAUCACUUUAGUUUUACACAAAUUAUUUACUUUUUGAAAAAGUAAUUAGUUCAAUUAAUUUAAAUAUUUUUUUCUAAAUAUAUUUAUUUACUGUAAUGUUAAUAUAUUUUUAG